GUACCUACCCAUUUUACUUUAUUCCAACUUAGCCAUACGGGCCAUACGUUAGGCCAUAUACCAUGCAAGCAAAUGUGUUCACAUUCUUAUUUCAUGCAGCAUAGGGCCCAGCAUAGAUUUAAUUCAUGAAUACCAAGACACUUUCAUUUAAAACUUACCCACUCUGGUUGGCAUAUGUUUUUGAUUGGCUAUUUUCUUUAUUUUGAUUGCUUUGAGGAAAUUUCACUUAUGUGAUAUGUCAAAAGCGCGUCAGAAUCACGACAAAAUAUUUAUAAAAGCACACCAUAAUGGUACGAAGUGAGGAUAUUCGUGUGAAAGGUUGGGGAAUAUUUUCGCAUGUUUCGAAAAUAUUUUUACUCACUCUUUUCAAUGAAUUUAAUCUUAUAAAUAAGCAUUCAUUUUAUUCUUUUUGAAUCAAAAAUAAGAGAAAAGAAAAGUAUUGAACUGUUCUAAAGUCUGAAGAAAGUGUGAAAAGAAGGUCACAAAGUCCUCAUGUUGAGAGAAAAUAGAAAAGCACGCCAAGUAGUACACUUUACCGUUUGCAAAAGAAAUACAUUGCAUGAAGCGUCAAUAUGAAGUCGCUGUGUGUUGUUGUUGUAUUGAGUUUCCAAGUGUUAAAAGACUGAAUUUUAAUUAUAUCUGCCAAUAUUUUGAGUGUUUUGCUAACCUAAUAGAAAUGCAAUGGUCGACUUACAACAAUAGUUGUUAGCAAACAAUAUUGACUUUUAACUUCAAUUGUUUGACAAUCCCAAUGGACGAUUCUGAUUCUGGGCUCAGUCAUGCACAUUUAGGAGAAUUUCAGAAACAGCUUUCAGAUGUGAUGGUCACAUAUCAGCACCUGCCUGAGGGUGAGCAGCCAGCUGCCUUUCACCUGCUGCAGGCCUCUCUGGGGCCUCUGCUGGCCGUACCUGCCGACUACUGCCUGUCAGGACAGCAGUCUGACCAGCAGCUGAUCAUCACAGACCAACCUGCUGCUGAAGCUCAGAAUGCACCUGUGCAGCAGGUGGCACUGCAGGCAGCAGAGGACCACCAGUGUACUACAGAGGGCCAGGAGCAGCAAACUGGGGCCAACCAAAGUCAGAAGGCCACCAGAGAUCAUGAUUUUGAGGAUGAGUCAGAUGACAUGAAUGUUGAGGCUGAACCUCUGACCUCAGAGCAUAAUGAAAUAGCAGAGGAAGAGGAUGACUCACUUGGGGAAACAGGCAAAGAGACUGGUGGUCUGCAGCCUGCCUCUAAAAGUCCACAAACCGAUAAAGAUGUACCCAUGGCGCCCUGCGAGACAUACCCAGCUGGCUCUGAAGGGCAGCCUGCAGGGGAAGCUGCUGAGACUGGUCCCCAGCAGGCCUCUGAUGGAGCUGCCAAGCAGGAGUGGGACCAGUCCACCAAGAAUGCAGCAGCUGCCAACCAGCAGGAGACCGACCCGCCCCCAGCGGCAGCGGCCCGCGGUAAGAAGGCGGCUCGCCGGCCGGACGCCGCCCGGUACGUCUGUCCGGCGCCCGGCUGCGGCCGGCCCUGCGGACACCGCAAGUCGCUGGUGCUGCACGUCAAGUGGGACCACCUGCAGGCGCCUGUCUGCUGCCGCGCCUGCCGCAGCGAGCUCAACACGUACGCCCACUUCCUCUACCACAACCGCACCUGCUUUCAGGGCGUCAGCGCGCUAGUCUGCCCCGACUGCGACGCCCGCUUCACCAUGGAGCUGCCGUACAAGCGGCACCUGGCCGGCCACGCGCUGAACGCCUGUCAUAAGUGCGGCGAGCGACUCUCCAGUCGGAAGGCGCUCGUCAAACACCUCCGGCACGAGCACAACAUCCGCGAGUGUGAAAAGUGGUUCACGUGCGACAAGUGCCCCAAGAAGUUUAUGAAGAAACGCUCCUGGCUGACGCAUUCGAAGGUCCACGCCACCCAGGACGACACACAGUGCGGCCGGUGUGGGCUGACGGUCAGCAAACAGCGACUGGCGGAGCACAUCAAAACCGAGCACGGACACGAGCCGUUCACCUGUGCCACUUGCCACAAACGGUUCCGGCGCAACCAGCAGUACCUGCAGCACAUGCGGCUGCACGAGCAGUACGACUGUUCGCUGUGCGGACAGCCAUUCGUCACGCAGCCCGAGUACGCUGCUCACAUGCAGAGCGCACACCAGAUACAGCCGGAUCUGCUGACCGGUCCGGCGCUCACUCGCUACCGGUGUGAGGUGUGCGGCGCCGCCUUCUGGUCUCGCACACAGCUCAGCCAGCAUCUGGACUCACAUCCUGACGUGUCCCUGGAGUGCUCCCGUUGUCAGACCGAGUUCGAGACGGCCGCUCAGCUGCACCGUCACCUGCGCCGCUCGCUGUGCUCGCGCUCACCGCAGCUCAUCUGCCAUCACUGCGGCGCGCAGUUCUGCGCUCACUUCGCGCUCCGCAAGCACCUGGUGCGCGCGCACGGCGAGGGCCCGGCCAAGGUCGGUCGGUGUCCCCACUGCGACUACACCAACAGUAGCGCGGCCAACCUGCGGCGACACAUAGCUGCCCACGAGCAGCUGGCACGGCGGUACGUCUGCGACCAGUGCGCGGCCGCCUUCCACACACUGAGCACCCUCAAGGACCACCAGCUGUACGUCCACACCACGGAGAAACGCUUCACCUGCGGCGAGUGCCAGAAGGCGUUCAAGACGAGCAGCUCGUUAAAUCGCCACAUGCGCGUUCACUCCGAAACCCGACCCUAUCAGUGCUACUGCGGCAACUCGUACAAACGCAUGUCCCACCUGCGUCGGCACAUGACCGCCGUGCACAACAUGCGCACGCGCACGAGGCUGAUUGAGAGGUUCGACGGCAGUGCGGCGGCCUCUUCAGACAGCGGGUCAGAUGGCACGGGAUCGACUGGCGCCGGCGGCGGCGGCGGAGCUGGCGAGAGCGGUGGUGGCGGAGGUACCGCCAGCAGCGGCGGCGGUGACUCGGGCGGACCGGAGCCUGUCACCGAGGCCGCAGUAAGCGAGCCCGCCCAGUGGAGCGGCCUGAUGAGUGAGCACGGCGUCGCCUACAUCCCGGACGAGGGCGUGCUGAGGCUGUACUCUGUCGAUACUGGGGAGGAGCUACCCGAGGAGUUCACCCUACCCCAGGGCAUCUACAACACCGAGGCCGUGUUCCUCGCCGACGGAUCAAGAUCGAUCGUGCUAAAACCGGCCGGUGAGUUGUCUGGUCAGUUGGAUGUGAGCGGGGGUGGCGAGCUGGUGGCGGCGGGGGCGGCGCAGGAGCCGACCGCUACCCUGCCGCCACCCUCCACCAUCCGCUCGUCUCAGCAGAGCCGACUGGUGUGAGCGCCGGCGAACGGGUGUGUAUCUCUAGACUUUUGGGAUCGGCAGAGUCGCUCGCCCCGCUGCGAUGUGUGUUCGGUCUAACCGUGCGGGGUAACCAUACCGGUUUGUUUGUAUUGGUGUCCGACCGGUCAGGGAUUGAGCUUCAAUCAAAUGCUACCGCCCUGAGCCCCGUCCGGCAGUCGAUACGUACCGUGCGAUGGGCGACGUGCUUGUUUGUUCACGUAGUUUAUUGUGCGUUUUCUGAGAAUCGGCUCAAUUGGAAUCCGGAUGGCGUUAUUGCGCUACCAACUGUAAUCACGAGUAAAUGUCAGGGCAAUUGUGAAUUGCUCGCAAUUUUUACACGACUGCUUGUUGGGUGUUCACAGGGUCAUGAACCAUGAUAGAGGGAGUUGGGUGAAAUUUGAACGAGUGGGGGCAUGCGGGUACUCUGGAUGGUGUGUCCCCUUUCAUGGUUUAUAUGGGCUGUUGUUUAUGUGAUAUUUGUCGCAUUUCAGCGUCGUGUUGGAUGGAUAAUAUCUGAGGAAGGUAGCUUCUUCCUAAUAUUGGAUUUUUGUGACGCUGAUGUGACUGAAAUACAAGCAGUUAAAUGUUA